CAGUGAGGGCGUUCAGUUCAGGAGGAGCCUCGCGGGGCGGCGAUCGAUUAGUCAGGCCUCAGAAAGAUGGCGUCCUCUGAGCAGGCAGAGCCGACGAGCCAGCCUGGCUCUACCCCAGAAAACGAAAAGGUGGUGCCUCGGAAACCCCUUAUUGCCACUGCAGUCAAGUUUCUACAGAACUCCCGGGUCCGCCAAAGCCCACUUUCAACCAGAAGGGCAUUUCUUAAGAAGAAAGGGCUGACAGAUGAAGAGAUUGACUUGGCUUUCCAGCAGUCGGGCAUGGCUGCCGAUGAGUCUCAGUCCUUGGGCCCUUCCGCCCCGAUGAUGCCCCUCCAGCCCCCUCACCUCCUGCCUCAGCCCUACAACCCUACAGGUUCUAGAUGGCGAGAUUAUGGGGCUCUGACCAUCAUCAUGGCAGGCAUCGCCUUUGGCUUCCACCAGCUCUACAAGAAGUACCUGCUCCCUCUGCUCAUGGGAGGCAAGGAGGACAGGAAGCAGCUUCAGAGAAUCGAGGCGAAUAUCUCGGAGAUGAGCGGCAGCAUGACGCAGACAGUGACUCAGUUACAGGCGACGUUAGCCUCGGUCCAAGAAAUACUGAUCCAGCAGCAGCAGAAAAUCCAGGAUCUUACCCAGGAAUUGGCUGCCUCCAAGGCCACCACGUCCACUAACUGGAUCCUGGAGUCACAGAAUAUCAAUGAACUCAAGUGUGAGAUUAAUUCCUUAAAAGGACUCCUUCUAAACCGGAGGCAAUUCCCUCCAUCGCCUUCAGCCCCCAAGAUCCCAUCCUGGCAGAUCUCGGUGAAGUCCUCGUCUCCUUCCAACCCCACCGUAGCCAACCACAACAGCAGCAGCGACAUCUCUCCAGUCAGCAACGAAUCGGCCUCUUCUUCCCCAGUGAAGGAGAACCAUAGCCCUGAGGGGUCGAAGGUCAACUAUCACCUGCUGGGCCCAGAAGAGGAAGGGGAGGGGGUGAUUGAUGUGAAGGGCCAGGUGCGGAUGGAGGUACAGGGGGAGGAGGAGAAGAGAGAGGAGGAGGAGGAGGAAGAGGAGGACGUGAGCCACGUGGAUGAGGAAGAUUGCCUGGGCGUCCAGACUGAGGACCGGAGAGGUGGCGACGGGCAGAUCAACGAGCAGGUGGAGAAGCUGCGGAGGCCCGAGGGAGCUAGCAAUGAGAACGAGAUAGACUAGGACCAUUUAGUUUUCUUUCCUCUUCUUCCCUCCUGUCCACCCCUCUCCCUGCCCACAACACAGCCCCUUCUUUCUCCCCAGAGCACCUUUCAUCAGGAGAUGGGGAACUCUCCACAGGAGGGAUCUCUCUUGCAGUUCACCAGGUUUAGUGUUGACUGGCCCGGCACUCCAUGCGCUCAGCCUGCUGGCUUUCCUGGGCACUGCCAGGCUGUAAGGAUGGCUGUCCUCUCACCCUCCACUAGCCCUGCCUCAGCUCACUGGAGCCCUCCAAGUGUGAGCUGCGGACAGCCAGAAGGAUGGAGCGAUCCCCUUUCCUUGGGUCCAGCCUGGGGCCUCUGCGGAUCUUCCUGAAUCCUGCUGGCUUCUCUGAGUGUCCUUCAUUUUACUACCUAAACACCCCUAUCGCCUACAUUUCAGUUCUUAAAACCAGUCUGGCCUUUGAGAUCUGCUUGGCUCAGGAGUUGGGCUGAAGGGCUCUGGAGUCACCCACUGUCCUGGGCAGUUCUCUUUCCCCCUCGGGGCCUCUCACCUUUAAUACUGGUUGUGACAACAGGUGGCUUAAUUACCUGACUCGUAAUGCCUCAGGGGAGAAAGAGCUGCUGUUGAAAUUGGCCUCCAUCGCUCCUGUCCUCCCCAGCCCAGGCCCCUCCGUGUCCUCAUGAUCGGUGCAGCGAGCCCCUGGCUGCCUGCCCCAUGUCUGUGGAGCAGACGGCUCCAUCUUCCCUUUUCUUGGUUGGGUGAUGAGGGGGUCAGAGUGGUCAGCAGAGCCCCAGGGAGAGCCAGGCACAGAGGGCCUUCCCAGAGUGAGCUGUGCUGCUCGGCCCCUCUCCUCUCCCCUCAGCAGCUGCCCUGUUGUCCUCCUGGAGAAAUGAAAUGGGUUUUUGAGCGCUCACUUUUGCCGCAUCAUGUUCUCGACCGGUCCGGUGGUGACGCACGCUCCUUCCUCCCGGCACAGCAGCCGCCAGCCGAGCAGUUCCUGGAAUCGGAGUCUGUCCUCCUCGCAAAGAAAACUGUGCUCGUUUGUGUGAUCAUGUAUAGAUUCCGGAAUAUAAGAUAGGACUGUAUAUACUUGUAAUAAAUAGGAGGUACCACUAUUUAA